ACUCCGUUCUUCGUUAAAAGGGAGACCACGGUGCUUCAUUGCCGUAUCUGAUCUCAGAAUGACAGCAUCGAUCAGGAUCGUCGUGGAGUUUGAAUUUUCUCUGAGCGUCAACGGCGACAGACCAUUGUUCUCGACAUUAUCUAUUAAUUCUCGUUGAACACGAUGGAUAACAGUGAACUUCGAGUGGAAAAUGAGACGCAGAACAGUUACAGUAGACGACAAAGUUUGUUAUCUGUUACUAAUGCAAGCACCGGUAAACCAAGUCCAAGAUGCUCAUUAACGAACGAAAAUGUACCACCGAAUGUGCCAUCAGAGGCCUCAACGCCACAAAGGACGAAGUCCUCGGCAGGAUCGAGUUCGUCGGACGUGAACAAAAGCAAACAGUUAGUUGGAAAUAACAAAGAAAUGUUGUAUGAAAAGGAUAAAAAUGGCAUUCAACCUGGAUCGCCGAAAGGCAAUAGGACAUUAUCUAGGUCCAGCGUUUAUCCCUCUGGAACGAAUUUGACUGUUCGAGAUGCAUUUGGUCCAAAGCUUACGGCCCCGACUACACCAGAUGAUACUCCGCCAUUGUUAGAUACUCCAAUAUUCCCGGACGACAUACCGAGGGAUGCUUUGUUGCAGAAAGAUGCAUCCGCUGAAUCGGAAAUAGAUCCUGAAACUCUUUAUUUUCGGGAUGGUCGUAGACGUAUCGACAUGGUGUUGGUCUACCAAGAGGACACCAAGGGUGUGAUGACUGAGAUAGAAGCGCGUCGAAAAGAACAGAGACGCGUGUUCCAACAAAAUCUGUUGAAAGAGGGUUUGCAAUUAGAGCUGGAACCUAAGGAGAACUCGUACGACGGGAAUACUUAUUUCUUGAAGUUGCACAUACCGUGGAAGAUCAAGAUCCAGUAUGCCGAAGUGAUGAACCUAAAGCUGCCCACCAAAAGAUUCAUCACCAUUUCUGUCAAGGCAUGGCAAGGUAACGAGGACGCGAAAGAGAGGCCGAAGCUUUGGGAAAAAUGGAUAAGGUGGAUAAAGUGGGUAAGGAAGAUCCAUACUUGGGACACCCAAAAAUACCCUGUAGAGCCUACUUUCUACGGUAGCAUCGAUUCUAGCGACCGGGAGGAAAGAUUCGUAGUGAAAGACAGGGACACGGCUUACACGCCUGCUCAAAGAUCACUGAUUGUAAUGCAAAUAUUGCUGAGGGCGAGGUACGACGAGACUCACGAAAAAGCUGGUAUCCGUAGACUUUUGGCGGAUGGCACUUUCCUCGAUUGCUUUUCUCUGCACGAGGGGCCUUAUAAUAAACCGGUGCUCAACGGAGAAAUCCUCGAUAGGCAUCUAUUAUAUUUAAUAUGGGCCAGACCCUCGCAGUGGUACAAGAAGCAACCACUUUGGUUAAUCCGACGAUACUUCGGGGAGAAAGUGGCACUUUAUUUCGCAUGGCUGGGCUUUUACACGAAAUGCUUGUAUCUGCCAGCGAUUGUCGGGCUUUUAUGCUUCAUGUAUGGGGUUGGAAGCAUGGAGGGGGCUGACAACAUACCUAGCAAAGAAAUAUGCGAUUCAAAUAUAGCGGGAAAUAUUACGUUAUGCCCCCUCUGCGAUAAAGCGUGCAGCUACCAAAGACUGGGCGAAUCUUGCAUUUUUUCUAAGUUAACUUAUUUAUUCGAUAAUCCCGCUACCGUCUUCUUCGCCCUUUUCAUGUCAUUUUGGGCUACAACGUUCCUCGAACUGUGGAAACGGCGACAGGCUGUAUUAAUAUGGGAAUGGGACCUUCAAAAUGUCGAAAGCGACGAGGAGCCAAGGCCCGAGUUUGAGACUACGGUGAAAACGUUUCGAAUAAACCCUGUGACCAGAGAAAGAGAACCUUAUUUACCUGCGUGGUCCAAAGUGUUACGUCUCUGCGCUACUGGCUCUAUAGUAUUUUUCAUGAUAUGCGUAGUUUUGGGCGCUGUACUGGGAACCAUCAUUUAUCGUAUAUCGCUAGUAGCCGUGUUCUAUGGCGGUGGUGGAUCGUUCCUGAAGAAACACGCGAAGAUUUUCACCUCCGUGACCGCUGCUCUUGUCAACUUGGUGAUCAUCAUGAUACUAACGAGAGUGUAUCAUCGCCUAGCGCGGUGGAUGGUCAACAUGGAGAAUCCAAGAACUCAAACCGAAUACGAGUCCAGUUUUACCUUCAAGAUAUUUCUGUUCGAAUUCGUCAACUUUUACUCGUCUCUGAUUUAUAUUGCUUUCUUUAAGGGGAGAUUCUUCGUUCAUCCGGGGGAUGCGGAGGCAAGGUCUUCCGAGUUUGUACGCAUAAAAACGGACGUGUGCGAUCCAGCCGGUUGUCUGUCGGAGGUUUGCAUACAGCUUGCUAUUAUAAUGGUGGGCAAACAGUGCUUCAACAAUUUUGUCGAAAUACUGUCACCGAAAUUGUGGAACUGGUGGCGCAAAAGAAAUCACGUCGCCGCCACGAAGGACCACGCCAGACCUUACACCUGCUGGGAAAAGGAUUACCAGCUUCAGGAUCCCGGUAGACUCGCUCUGUUCGACGAGUACCUGGAAAUGAUAUUGCAAUAUGGAUUUGUGACGUUGUUCGUCGCUGCGUUUCCAUUAGCGCCGCUGUUCGCGUUGUUAAAUAAUAUAGCGGAGAUACGCUUGGACGCGUAUAAAAUGGUGAAAGAGGCGAGAAGACCAUUAGCGGAGAGGGUGGAAGACAUCGGUGCCUGGUACGGCAUACUUAGGGGAGUAACUUACGUCGCGGUAGUAUCAAAUGCGUUCGUUAUUGCUUAUACGUCGGAUUUCAUUCCGCGAAGCGUCUACGCUAUCGUCUACUCUCCAACGAACGAUUUGGUCGGUUACAUCGACAGUUCUUUGUCGGAAUUCAACACAUCGGAUUAUCAGGAUACCAUGAAGAGCGAUAUUGACAAAAAACAGCCGGGAACAUGCCAAUACAGGGGAUACAGAAACGGGCCCGACCAUCCGACCGAUCCGUACGGACUCAGCCCGCAAUAUUGGCACGUCUUCGCGGCUCGUUUAGCAUUUGUCGUCGUUUUCGAGCAUAUCGUUUUCGCUCUGACUGGAAUAAUGAGUUACGUGAUACCAGCUGUUCCUCAUUCACUGUCGACUCAACUGCAACGGGAACGAUUGCUCGCUCAGGAGGCCAAAUACGAGAAGGGUUUGAAGGGCAGAGAGGACGAAGAUGAUAUCCUGUCGAUGCUCAGAGAAGCCGGAAGCAUUGGUAGAACCGGAUGCGGCGCUAGAGGCAGCUGGGCGAGACGUUUCAGCAAAUUAAGCGACGGCUUGGACGCUCACGUCGAUGUAGGCUCCAGAGCCAACAGAAACAGCGAUGGUUCGACCGUAUGGGAAGUUACAUAAUUCGUUU